AUGCCACUUCAAACAACCAUUCUAGCUCCUGCUAGUGAUAGCAAAACAGAUAUCAGAAUUGUGCCCGAAACUUUGAUCCCAAAUACAACAGUCAAACAAGCCCACACUAGUGUAAACCUCGCAGCAUUGUUCGAGGAAAAUACUCUUGCAAAAAUCAUUGGUCCCGCCGAAAUGUACCUCGAAGACAAUGUAUGUAUCUCAUCUUACGUGAUGCUUUUUUGCGUUCAUUGUCCAACUCAAGAAAUUUUCCAGGAUCCUCCUACCUGCUUUCCAGAGACAGUGGCCCAGAGUGGCCCGAAAAGGGGCGUGUACAAAUGCAGAGACGCAGAAUUCUGGACUUGCGGGUUUUUCCCGGGCAGUAUGUACUGCGUUCUAGAAAGAUUGAGAAAGUAUCCUGGCUCAAGCCUGUUCAAAAUCUCUGCUGCAUCAUCUUCUCAAGAUUUUCAAGUUCAAAUUAUACUCCACUUGACCGAUCUUUGCGAAAAAUGGUCUUCAUCGAUAUACCCUAUGUCAGCCCGAACGGACACUCAUGAUAUGGGUUUCAUCGUUCAACCUGCACUUCAGAGAGACUGGGAGCUUUUCGGUCGCCAAUCAAGUUUAGACUCUCUUCUUGAUGCAGCCGCAAGCCUUGCUACUCGAUACGAUGACCGAGUCCAAGCAAUUCGGAGCUGGGACCAAUUUGCAAAUGCACAUCACAACAUCAUGAGCAUGGAUGAUGAUUUUUUGGUAAUCAUAGACAGCUUAUGCAAUCUUGAUCUUCUUUUUUACGCUGGAAACUACACCCAUAAUUAUCGUUUUCUGUCAAUUGCAUGCACACAUGCCACGACCCUCCUCAGCACACACCUCCGGAAAGAGUGUGUACCAGGAAAGGCACAUGCUUACUCAACUUACCAUGCAGUGAAUUUCUCGCCUUCCAAUGAUGGGGCCGUUAAGAGAAAGCUCACUGCGCAGGGCUACUCCGACAGCUCCACCUGGGCGCGCGGCCAAUCCUGGGCCAUCCUAGGUUAUGCGCAAACAUUUGUUUGGACCAAAGACCGAAAGUUCUUAGACGCCGCAAUGGGAUUGGCGGAUUACUUUGUUUUCCGUCUGGAAUCCUCUCCCAAUGUCGUCGACGAAGAAGGUCGGGGGCGUUAUGUUCCGUUGUGGGACUUCGAUGCGCCGAUCACUUAUACAAGUGUAGAUGGGCAAGAGGCUCCGCUAAGAGAUGUUUCGGCUGGUCUCAUUGCAGCUAACGGUAUGCUUCUAUUGUAUGGUCAGCUAUCGGCCAUCGGUGAAUAUGAGGCUGCAAAGGGAUAUUUAGAUUACGCUCUGGCCAUCGCACGGGAUACAAUUGCUCUUGCAUAUAAUUGUGAUCAGAUGCGCUUCAGUCUUGAUCAAGUCAGUGGUAAGCUUCAAGUCAAGGAGAUGAAUGGGUGUCGCUUUGAUGCUAUCUUGGAAAGAUCAACUGCCAACUUCAACGAGAAUCAUGCGGAUCGACAUUGGGAUCAUGGCUUGGUCUAUGCAGACUAUUAUUUCUUGGAACUUGGAAAUCGCAUGUUGGACAUGAGAUUAAUUUGA